UUGCAUAAUAAACUUUUAAAACUCUAACUAUCCGAUAUUUAAAGACACAUGGCUUCGAGGCAAAGAAAGAUCGAGAGGAUUAUUUCCCAGCUACACCUUACACUAAGUAGAUCCUACAGCUCAAAUUCAGGUCACAUACUGAACAAAAGAUGGACUCUUUGUCACUGCAUGAAGAGAUGGGAACCCAAAAUCUACUCCACAUCUUCUUCUUUCAAUGGCUUUUACGAGACAGCACAAAGGUUUCGACGAUCAAGUAGAUUAAAAACAGGGAAAUCGGCAUCACAGCAGGACAACCAAGCUGAUCAAGCAACAAAGUCCAACAAUGUGGAAAGUGAGAUAGAGAAACACAUUGCUGAAAUAGAGACAGAACUUAACACACUCACGCAGAAGUCGAUAAAACUGGAGAAGUCCAAGAGGUUAAAGCAUCUCGCAGAAGGGGCCAUGCUGUUGCUAUGGCUUUACUUUAUUUAUAUGGUCUAUAAAAUGGAUCUAGCAGACAUGGUAGAUAAAAUGAACAAAGACUCAUUGAUUCAGCCAGAGAAAGGAGACGUGACAUUCAAUGAUGUCAUAGGGAUUGAUGAAGUCAAGGAGGAAUUGGAGACGGUGGUGAGUUAUCUGAAGGAUCCACAGAAGUACACUCGACUAGGGGCCAAUAUGCCCAAAGGUCUGCUUAUGACUGGACCACCUGGGUGUGGGAAGACCUUUCUUGCCAAGGCCACAGCAGGCGAGGCCAAUGUUAACUUCUACUAUAUCUCCGCCUCCAGCUUAGAGGACAAAUACGUGGGAACUGGAGCAAAACGUUUACGUGAAGUGUUCAAUGUAGCUAAGAAGAAUUCACCCAGUGUAGUGUUUAUAGAUGAGGUGGACAGUAUAGGAUCUAACAGGAUGUCACAGAGUAUGGACAGAAGCUUUGCUUACCAGACACUGCAUCAACUUCUGGUGGAAUUAGAUGGAUUUGAAAAUAAUUCAGGAGUGGUUGUCAUAGCAGCAACAAACAGACAUGAUGUACUAGACUGGGCCCUAACCAGACCGGGUCGCUUUGACAUGGUUGUCUCUGUUCCAUUGCCGAAUGUUAAAGAGAGAGAAGACAUGUUUGUGUACUACCUGAGUAAAGUCCGGCAUGACAGCUCUCUGGAUAUAAACCAACUUGCUAGGUCUACCUUAGGAUGUUCAGGUGCAGACAUCAGUAACAUAGUGAACCAGGCUGCAUUCCAGGCGGCGCGGGCUGGAGAGACAGAGGUCAAUAUGGGUCAUCUGGAGUACGCCAAAGAAAAGAUCCGGGACGGUCAGCUGAAGGCACAUAAGCUUGACCAGGAGACCAUAAACAUCAUAGCUGUGCGGGAGGCAGCAUACGCCCUUGUGGCGUACUAUUCCAAAUUUGGCAUACCACUCAACAAAACCUCAAUUCUUAUGAGGGGCAACAAUAUAGGGCUGACCAAGCUGUUACCAGAGGGACACUCCGACAUGGUCAGCUCUAACAAAGAUCAGGUUCUGGCCAAGCUGGACUUUCUAAUGGCCGGCCGGGCUGCAGAGAGCAUGAUAUUUGGAAAGGACAAUGUCAUGAAAGGAUCAGGUAAAACAUUGGAAGAGGCCACAAAUCUUGCCAGGGCAUAUGUCUCCAAAUAUGGAAUGUCAGAAAAGGCAGGAACCCGUAUAUUCUCAAGCAAGGAGGAGGCACUAGCCAGCCCUGAAUACCAAGACAUGCUGAACGAGGAAAUCAACCGACUGCUUAAAGAGGCUUACAAGCGAGCGGACGAGGUGUUACAGAGCCAUAAAAAAGAACUGCUGAUGUUGGCUGACAACCUGAAGAAAUACGAGACCCUCAACAAAGAGGAUGUCAAAACGCUGCUGAAGGGAGAACAGCUCAAGAGAUAAAAA